AUACUCUCAAAAAUUUGACUUUAAUUGCUAAACCUGGCCUUUAAGAAAUUAAAAAAUCCGAAAUUUUGUGAUUAUUUGCUAUUAAUGUCCAGUGUACACAGGUAGAAACAUAAAGUUGCCCCCAAGGGUUGAGGGAAAUAAUCGCCUUGGUGAAAUUUAUAGCUUUCCUUUGAAGUUAAAUCAAUCUUAAAAGCACAGUUCUUGAUUCACAUGCUGUAAUGUUUCUAUUUAAAUGACUUCAAUGUAGGGGUUUCAUGACACCAAUCUGAAUAAAUGUGUUUUCCUCAUUCUAAAAUUAACUACAUGCAUCAUAGGAAGUAGCAUCCAGCUGACCCAGAAAACAUAAAUCCAGGAUUUUUUGAAAUAAAAAAUAGGCCAGUUUUGAGAGGUUUGCUUCAACUUAUUCACUGCAUCCUUUCGAUUUACGUCUUAUGGGGGGAAAAAAGGCAGAUUUUUAUUCUUUUGACAUUUUUUGCCCUUUGAUGUGUGGGAACAUGAGGACGUCUGGUAUAAAACACCCACGGUAGCCACGUUGCCACAGUUGGGAAGGUCAGAGUGAAAGGAGGCGCGCAGGACAGCCGGACUGCAGCGUGUGUUGGUCGAGUCGGUCGGUCGGCCGGGAAGCCACAGCCGGCCCCGCUGCCGCUCCUGCUGCUGGGAGACUUCCUGGGCUUACCGAGCGGCUCUGAAGGAUGACCGCCGCACGGCUCGUUGCUGAAUCCCGGUGAACGAACGGCGUCUCAUGUCCAAACGGCGGAAGGAUGGCUCAUGGCAAAGUGACCAUCACGGUGGACGAGUACAGCUCCAACCCCACGCAGGCCUUCACGCAUUACAACAUCAACCAGAGCCGCUUCCAACCUCCACAUGUCCACAUGGUAGACCCCAUUCCUUACGACACUCCCAAGCCGGCGGGACACACCAGGUUUGUGUGUGUUUCCGACACACACUCGCGUACAGAUGGCAUCCAGAUGCCAUACGGCGACGUUCUGCUCCACAUGGGCGACUUCACAGAGCUCGGCCUUCCGUCUGAGGUCAAGAAGUUCAACGACUGGCUAGGUGGCCUUCCGUACGAGUUCAAGGUGGUGAUCGCCGGGAACCACGAACUGACCUUUGAUAAGGACUUUAUGGCAGAGCUGGUCAAGCAGGAUUACUACAGAUUCCCUUCAGUCUCCAAACUCAAACCGGAGGAUUUUGACAAUGUCCAGUCGCUCCUCACAAACUGUGUGUACCUGCAGGACUCGGACGUCACCAUAAAGGGAUUCCGGAUAUACGGGACACCGUGGACUCCGUGGUUCAAYGGCUGGGGGUUCAACCUGCCUCGGGGUCAGUCUCUGCUGGAUAAAUGGAACCUCGUCCCCGAAGGCGUCGACAUCCUGAUGACCCACGGACCGCCGCUCGGUUUCAGAGACUGGGUUCCUAAGGAGCUGCAGCGGGUCGGCUGUGUGGAGCUGCUCAACACGGUCCAGAAGAGAGUCCGGCCCAAACUUCACGCCUUUGGAGGCAUUCAUGAAGGGUACGGCAUCAUGACGGACGGCUUCACGACAUUCAUCAACGCGUCGACGUGCACCGUCAGCUUCCAGCCCACCAACCCCCCCAUCGUGUUCGACCUGCCCAACCCCUCCAGCUCCUGAGGCCGCCAUCGAACGCCACCGCCGCUGUCAGGAGAAACGACUUUUCUACGAAAAAAAAAAAAAGAUUCAACUGUUUCUUUGCAAGUUUUUUUUUUUUUUUUUUGCUUUUGGAGAAAAAAAGCGACRGGAAAACGCGGCGUUAAAGGAGAAUAUCGGUGUUUUCUGUUUGUUUUUUUUUCUUAUUCUGUGCCAACAGUCCAGGCUUUUUGCCUGGCAUCACUCCAUUGUAUUUGAUCGUUGAAGAAGGCGAACUGAUCCUUUGAAAAAAAAAAAAAAGAAACACGGUUUUACUGGAGAACGACGAAACAUUGAAGUUGUUUUUGUCAUCUUUAAGCCAGCAGAACGUUUUGGGUUCGUCCCACCGGUAUUCUCCUUUUUCUAUGAGAUUUUGUGGUUAAACAAUCUUGCUCUUGAUAAAUAUUGGUCAGAACUGUAAAAUAAAUGACGCUUUGUGAAUUUGUACAAUUUCUUUACGGUUUGGUUCGGCCAGACGACGGAUGCCAUUGUUUUUUAUUUUACAUUGUGUCAUACGAUAAAUAUUCAGUUUCUUUUAUGCUUUCUCGUCAGUUCUUUCUCUCCUCCUAUUGGCUGACAGGGACGCUGCCUUAAACUAGCUUUAAUGUUCUUAUUUAUUACCCAUCAUGCCCCGCUGAASAACACCUGACAAUCGGCGGGACGAAAAGCUACGAAAACAGCCACAAUAUUCACUUUUUAUCAAGGACUCCUCAUCUGAUUUGGAAAAUGUAUAAUAUCAUAUAUAUAAAUUAUAUAUUCAUCUUUUAAAACAUCUGUACUAAAGUUGUGUUUUGAAGAAGAAAAAAAGUUUUCUGUAUCUUCAGUGCUUGCAUCAUUUCUCCAUGUUUUUGUAGAAACGGUCACAAUCCAACAGGUGUUUUCCCUGAAACACGCCUGCCUAAACAUGGAUAACAAAGUGUAAAAUCUGAUAGUUUUUGUGUUUUAUUGCUUUUUUUCUAAUUUUGCACUGUGUGUAAAUGCAAUCUUGCUAGCACAAAAAAAAAUUGCCAAUAGUCGUCUGAACUCAGCUGUAAAUGCUCUUUUUCGUGCUCUCUCCCUCUCGCUGUUUCUCUGAUUGUAUCGCCAUGGAAACGUUAGUUCUCUCUCUUUCAGUUUAUUGUGAUAUUUAGCUGCCUUUAUAUGCAAAUAAAAUUGCAAGAUUUUUACUUAAAGUU